AGAUUGUCGCGGCACGUCAAUGCAGCAGAGCGCAGAGAGUGGAGUGUGACAGUAGAGCGCGCGCCGGGAAAAAGGCAACAGAGGCGAGAGAAAGAGAGAGAGAGAGAGAGAGAAAAGAGAGAGAGAAAAAGAGAAGUGGAGAGCGUGAGAGGGAGAGAGCGAAAGAGCAAGAGAGAGGAGAGAAAGUGAGGAAGAACCGCUCGCUUUCCUCUAGAGAAAAGAAAAGAAAAAAACUUUAUUAAUUAAAAGAAGAGAAGAUGAGCAGUCAGCUGGAGGACGAGGCGCGCGAGCGCGGCGACUGUAAGAGCAAGUCUCCCCCCGUGCUCUCUUCCUACUGCAUCGACAGCAUACUCGGCAGACGGAGCCCGUGCAGAGUCCGACUGCUGAGCGCGCAGGGCUUCCCCAGAGCAGCCGAGCACGAGCACGCCGCAGACGUGUGUGUUAAAGACAACUCAGACGUGCACCUGCCCCCUAAAUUGCGGCGACUCUACGGCCCCGGGGGUAAAUACGUGGACCCUGGCCGGAGCUUCCUCGAGCCCAGUGAAAAGGGCGAACGCGAGCGGCUGCUGGAGCCGAGCUGCGAGGGUCUGAAAAUCAGCCAUGCGCCGCCGGUCAGCAUCAGCCGCAGCAAGUCUUACCGGGAGCACGCGCUGCCGUUCGGCCCUGCCGAGGAGACGCACGAGCUGGGCGAGCUGAGCGCGCUGAAGUUCGAGGAGGAGGAAGAGGAGGAGGGCGGCUGCAGGGAUGAGGUGGUGGGAACCGGGGUGGCCGCGCAGGGGGCGGCGGUUGUGGUCAGCGCUGAGUCCGGCCUGCUGCCCUCGCCGAAGGACGAGGAGAGCGGCCAUGGAGACGGAGACGCCAAAGACGGCGAGGACAGCGCGUGCCUGUCCGCCGGGAGCGACUCCGAGGAGGGCGUGCUCAAGCGCAAACAGAGGAGAUACAGAACCACCUUCACGAGCUACCAGCUCGAGGAGCUCGAGAGGGCCUUCCAAAAAACCCACUACCCAGACGUGUUCACCAGAGAGGAGCUCGCUAUGCGGUUGGAUUUGACAGAAGCGCGCGUGCAGGUGUGGUUCCAGAAUCGCAGGGCAAAAUGGAGAAAAAGGGAGAAAGCAGGAGUUCAGACUCAUCCUCCAGGUCUACCAUUCCCCGGACCCCUGGCUGCAGCACAUCCUCUUAGCCACUACCUGGAGGGAGGCCCAUUCCCACCUCACCCGCAUCCUGCACUGGAGUCGGCCUGGACGGCCGCUGCUGCCGCAGCUGCUGCUUUUCCAGGCCUGGCUCCUCCACACAACAGCUCUGCCCUUCCUCCUGCUACGCCUCUGGGAUUGGGCACCUUCCUCGGCACUGCCAUGUUUCGACAUCCAGCCUUUAUCGGGCCCACCUUUGGCAGACUCUUCUCCAGCAUGGGUCCUCUGACCAGCGCUUCCACGGCUGCCGCUCUCUUACGCCAAACUGCUCCCACAGUGGAAAGUCCAGUGCAGCCCCCUGCAGGGCUGCCGGACCCUUCUUCUUCUUCAUCCUCCAACUCCUCCUCCUCCACGGCUGCUGACCGCCGGGCCUCCAGCAUCGCUGCCCUUCGUCUCAAAGCAAAAGAACACUCAGCUCAGCUGACCCAGCUGAACAUCCUGCCCGCCAGUGCCACAGGGAAGGAGGUGUGCUGAAACCUCCGCCCUUGAAAGACGCAAGCCCUUACCGAAAAAGCAUGACCAAAUCCACACAGCAAGUGGCACGACGGCCGGCUGCCCCAAGCACUGGAGUCGUGACGUUGAGCUGUCAAGCAGUGCCCCCCUCCCCUCACUGGACAUCCUUCUUUGGUCUUCAUCCAUUUGGCAUGAUUAUAAACCACAAACCCCACAGUCUCCAAUGUAGCUAUGCUGCCAAAGGGCAUGCCAGUGAGAUUGUACUUUAGCAAAGUCAGUCUGUUUCCUUUUUUCAAGCCAGGGAGAAUCCCUGUUGAAACAAGCACACAAAGUAGUGCCAAUUUAUACAAGACACUCUGAGCAUAUCAGCUCUCCCUGACCCGAUUCCAGUGUUGCACCAGAGGAGGGGUCAAUAUGCCAAAGGGAACUGCCAUAAACUUGCCGAAUCCCACUGUUACUGACCCCCAACCACCCCCUCACCCCCAAAUGUCAUCCACUCAUCCCAUCACUACUCAGUGUUUAUUUACUGUUCUGUCAUCCCUCCUGUUGAUUCUGCUGUUUAGGAUAAAGUUAACAAUUUAUUUUGUUUCUUAAAUGGACAUUCAAUGAGGAGUUCAGGAUGAAACCAUAGCUUGUUCACUGAUCUGUUAAGAGUAGCCUAUUUGUAUAUAUAUAGCACUGUAAAAAAUGAAGAUGUGAGGCGGAGGAAGGGAGAAAACAUGUACAUUUAAAACAUUUUGAAAAGAUUCUCUUGAUGUAGUAUUGUAUGAAUGUUUUCAAGUAGAACUCAACUUAUGUUGAUUUUAUGAGAUCUUAGGUUUUUAGAUAAUUAUUUAUGUCGCCAUGUGGACAGUGAGAGGCAGGGCAGGACACUUCACUGUCCAGUGAGUGAGCUGUCUGGCUGUGUGGCGUGGCCAGAUAAAAGAUGAAUAAAUGAAUCUGGUUAAGAA